AUGGAGGGAGCUAGUGCAGGCAAGGAGGCGGCGGUGGAGGAGGAGGCGGCGAUGCUGCCGGCGGUGGAGAAAGCGAUGCACGUUUUGGUGGCCAUUGACGACAGCGAGGAGAGCUUCAACGCUCUUCAGUGGGUGCUCGAUAAAAUCUUGAAGCCGAAAUCCGCGGCUGAGACGGCGGCGGUGUCGACGGCGGCGGCCGGUGAGCAUGAAUCGAAGGUGAUCACCAUAGUCCACGUGGUGGAGCCUUUGCCUCGAUACGCCUUCCCCGGCGGAUACGUUUUAGGGGUGAUGGUGAAAGCGAAAACCCUGAUUCUGGAGGGUGAUCCAAAGGACAGAAUUUGCAGGGCAGUGGAAGAGAUGAACGUGAAUUUACUUGUCAUCGGCAGCCGUGGACUUGGUCAAAUUAAGAGGGCGUUUUUGGGAAGUGUGAGCGACUACUGCUCCCACCACGCGAAAUGUCCGGUUCUUGUGGUCAAACCACCGGCGAAGAAGAAGUCGUCUUGACCGUUGACCGUUGACCGUUGCAGUUCAGUGAAAAAAAGCGCUAGUUGUUAAAAACUCGAGUUUUGUAUCUAAUUAAAUAAUCCUAUAGAGUUUUGUAUAUAUCUAUAUAUUAAAUAAAUAAUCCUACUGUAUAAUAUAUAUUGUCAUCAACUAAACUGGACUUCUUCAGCUUUUAAUGUGUAUUUUGUUCUAUAUUUUAAUUUCUUAUUGCAAUAUAUAAUCAUCUAUUUAAUUUGUUGACUAC